AUGAUUCCGUCGGAUAUCUACGGCGCUACUAUCGAGACGACCAUGGCUGAUGUGAAGCUUUUGGCCGCACUGUCAGGAAUGUCGUUUUCAAGCUCACCAGGUGUGAUAACGCGGACGAAAUGUGGGGAGAUGCUCACCAAGUCUCAGCACAUAGUUCUUGGGGCGGUGGUGUACUACCGUUCAGGAAGGGAGAAUAUCGCGCCCAAUAUCACCAUGAAGCAUAAAAUCACCACCCUCCUGUCCAGACCCCGAACGGAAUACGACGCCCAACUCCACGCCCAACUUCCCCUCUCCCUCGGCAAUCUCAGUUUCUUUUUCACAACCCUCUUCACCCACCCCUGGAAACACAACCUCUCCACUGGCCCACCCCCCGCCCUCUCCUUGCAAGCAGAACUGAAAACUUACCCCCCUUUCGUUUCUGGUUCUCAAUCAAGACAUGAAGUGUUGGCACCGGGGCAUUGGAGUCUGAAGCCUGAGGCAAAAGUGGUGAAAUCUACCAGGAUCGUCGGACCUAUCGGGUGUUUUCUCAACCCGACUCAGACUAGGACUUGGCUGCGUGGAAGUCCGGGGCGGGAGAUCGAGUUUCAAACCCGGAGUGUCUGUCUUGACUUUGCAGUACUAAAUAAGAAUUGCACGGCCGUAUUGUGUAAAUGCCCCGGUGGACCUGCCACCUUUGCCAGCGCUGUGAAGACAACAGGAUCGUUUGAGGUGUUGAUGGCGGUUGCGGCGGUGAAUAACGUUUUUUGGGGGAGGGUGGGGAAAGGGGUGUUGGGUACUACGGCGAGGGAGUUAGCAGGCUGGGUUUGUAAAGGGGAUCAGAAUUACAAGGGGUUGAGGAGGGAGGUGACGGGUUGUAUACAACGGGCGUUGGAGGCUGGUGGAGAGGAGGGGGUGGUGGUGGAGGGGAAUUUGGAGCUGGUCAAGGUUGUUAUGGCUAAUACGGAGGUGGUGUAG